AUGCCAAAGGCGACUGCCACAGAUACCACCGACUUGGCGUCGCUUCCGCCAGAUGAUUUGUCAGAGGUCCCACCGAUCGGAGGGGUGGAGUCAACUCUCAUCAACGCCGACGAGGAGCUUAUCCGCACCGCCGAUGUUGCGACCCUGCAGGCGGACCGCUCGCAACGGGAGGUGGACCGCUGGCGUCUCGAGGCGAGCGCGCAGCUGCACUGCCUCACAAAGGUGCGUCGCGAAAAGGCACUUCUCGUACAGGAGAUAAUGCAGCUUGAGAAGAACCUGGAGGAGGCGCGGACAGCCGCUGCUUUGCCUACCGUUAGGGAUACAGGUCCCACGCUCCACAGGGGGCGGGUGGAACUGGGAGAUGCGAGCGACCAUGGACUGCACAUCAUGCCGGGAACCUUUGCGCUACAAGCGCGAGGGAGCGGCGGGACGGCGAGGGAGAUUGAGCUGCACUACCUCAUUGGCCGUGCCAUUGCGUCACUAGACUCCAUGCAGGCCGGUCUUUCUGCCCUGAGGCAACAACACGCUGAUUUGUGGCACCGGAAGCGGGGUAUCACGGAGGACACAAAGCGGCUGAGGGUCACCUAUCAACGCCAGGAGAAACAAAAUGAGGAACUGUUGCAGCAAAAGCUUUUUUUAAAGGCCGCUGAGGCCGAUCCGACCUUCCGCAAGGCUCUACAAAAGAGAACGGAUCUAAAUGAAUCUAUCCGGCACGCGACGGAUUGUCGCGCUGCGCUUAAACAAUCACGCAUGGAGCGUGCCGCGAUGAUUGCCCACCUUUUAGAUGGUGCCAUGUCCCGCGAGCGAAGCGCGUGCAAGGCGCACGAAAAGGUAGCGAAGACGAAGGGGUUUAGCGACCACCCCAUGUACUCAAUGCUAAUGACCUUGCAGCAGGAGAACACGGAGCUGCGCGCAAAGUAUCUGCAGAUGGUCCGCAGCAGCGAGGAGGAGGAUGUUGUCCUUUCAGAGUACCUGGAUGUGCUGGAGGAGCGACUGUUGCUAGAGCUGAGGACUUAA